GAAGAUAUUCAGGUGUAUAAAAGGCACAGGAAGGAGUACAUAAGACCUAAAGUAUCACUGUCAACUUUGAGUCUUGUGAAUUUUUAAGCUGGGGGAGCGGGAAAUGAGCGCCAAGCCUGAUGUGAUUCAAAAAUGUUUGUGGCCUGCAUGCCUUGUGGGUCUGUUCAUCACCGGCAUCCUCUCUCAGAACUGUGCCUUGCUGAAUGUUCACCUGAGUACAGUCACCUGGCAAAAUCUGAAACUUCUGAGCAAUAGGAGCAAACCAUUUCCUAUAGAAUGUCUACAAGAAAAGAAAGCCUUUGAGUUGCCUCAAGAGAUCUUAUCACACACCCAGCCUGUGAAAAGGGACAUCAAGAAGGUCUUCUAUGAAAUAUCCUCACAGGUAUUCAACGUCUUCAGUCAACACACCUACAAGUCUGCUUGGGAAGAGAAAUAUCUGAUGGAAAUCCAAAUGGGACUUAAUCAGCAAAUGGAGUAUCUGGAACAAUGCUUGGAAGAAGAGGAAAAAGAAAGUGAAGACAUGAAACAGAUGGAAGAGAAGAUCUGGUCAGGAGCUAGAGAGCCCCUGCUGAGCAACCUGGAACUGAGGAGAUAUUUCAACAGGAUAGGCAAUUUCCUGAAAGAUAAAAAAUACAGUCAGUGUGCCUGGGAGAUCGUUCUAGUGGAAAUCAGAAGAUGUGUCUUCUACUACUUUCAGAAAUUCACACCACUACUCAGGAGGAAAUAAGGUAUAUUUUUAAGGUUAAAAUUCCAUUUUCCUCUGAAAUCUCCUCCUCCUCCAUCUUCUUUUUAAAGAUUAUUGUGCUAUCUUGUAAACCUGCCUUCAGCUGUAUUGGUGAAGAUUUAUGUAAUGUUUGCUAUCUCUCAAGCUUGGCCUUACAACAUCAGUCACGUUUACCUCUCUCAGGAGAGGUAACGCCAACCCUCCCCUGGG